UAAAGUCAAAACAAAAAUGGAAAUUAAAAAUUGUAAAUUAGCUUCAUAAAAUACCUACUUGCUUAUUGAGUUCUACAAGAUUUUUUAUUUGCAGAAACAAGGUCAUUUGGUUUUCUCAAUUUUAUCGAUAAAAAAAACUACAGAUCGAUCUGUAAUUUUGUUAAACCAUAAAAAUGAUAAAGUCUUGCUUAAUUUUACAAAGGUUCGUAAAAAAAUCUAAAUGGUUUAAUAGUUAUUCUACGUGCUAUUUACCUGACAUAGAUAUCAACUAUUAUUGUGAUGUGAAAAAUACUUCGGAAAUAAAACAGAACAUUCAUAGCAGAAAAGGUGUAGGAGACAUUACGAAAGUGCUCAAAAUGUACAAUUUAUUAAUGAUGACGCCAAAUUCUGAUCAGGCAUAUGAUAGUAUUAAAGAAAAUUUAUACAAAGAACUAGCCAGUUUGCCUAAUAGAACCCAUCCCCUCGUAAAGACUUAUGAAGAAAAUCCAUACAUAAUUCAUGAGGUAAACAAAAAGAAAAAUUUUGGGGAUUAUAAACCCUUAGAAUUCAGUGAGAUAACACAGCAAUUAAACUUGAUGAGAGUGGACAAGCUUGGAAACACAUGCGGCAAUAAAAGUUACUAUUAUUUUGGGGAGUUAGCAGAACUGGAAGAGGCAUUAAUAAAAUACACCAUAUCUGCACUAUUGAAAGAAAACUUUAAAUUAGUAUCAGUACCUGACAUAUUGUCAAGCAAUGUUCUACAAAGUUGUGGAAUGAUGAUAAAUACAGAUCGAACUCAGAUAUAUUCUUUAGAUCCAGCACUUCAUGGGCCUGACUUGUAUUUGUCAGGUACAGCAGAAAUGUCUUUGGCUGGUCUACUGAAGAAUUCUCUUCAUGAUAAGACCGAUUUACCUUUGAAACUUGCAGCAGUUAGCAGAUGCUAUCGAGCGGAGACAUCAAAUGUAGUAGAGGAAAGAGGCACAUAUAGGGUUCACCAAUUUACUAAAGUUGAGAUGUUUGCUGUCACCACAUCAGAGCAGUCUGAUGAAAUGUUGGAGUAUUUAAGACGGACAGAGGAAAGUUUAUUUUCGCCAUUAGGAUUACAUAUGAAAGUUUUAGACAUGCCCCCACAUGAACUUGGGGCCCCAGCUUAUAGGAAAUAUGAUAUUGAAGCUUGGAUGCCUGGGCGUAACAAUUACGGUGAAAUCUCUAGCUGUAGCAAUUGUACUGAUUACCAAUCCAGAAGACUGAACAUAAAAUAUUCUGAUGGAAAUAUAGAACAAUAUACUCACACACUGAAUGGCACAGCAUGUGCUAUACCCAGAAUGCUUAUUGCACUACUUGAAACACAUCAAGAUCCAAAAGGAAGAAUAGAUAUACCGUUAGUGCUGCAGCCAUUUAUCAAUGCAAAACAAUUUAUUGGUAAAAAUUCAAAUGUACCAAAAUUAAAAUUAUCUAAGGGGAAAAAAUAAAAUAAUUUGUAGACAACUGCUUCUUUUAAUUUAUUUAUUUAUAGGUAACUAGAUGAUGCCCCC